AUGAUUCAAAUUAAAAACAAAUUUUUAAUCAAAAUAAAUCCUAUUGAAUUUUUUGUUAGGUUGGCCAGAUAAGCUUUAAAUAAUGCACUCAUUAUUUUAUCCUUUUAGCUCUUAUACACUAGAAAUAAAUCAAAAUUAAAACGAAGAAUGACCACUAUUUAUUAUAAAUUCUAAAUUUGACAUUGAGAAUUUUGGAUGCUUGUUUUCAUUAAGAUUUCCAGGUUAAAAUCAAUUCUUAUAUAUAUAAAUUCGGACUAUUUUUAUACACUAAUCUAAUAAAUUAUUUCAAAUAAAAAUUAUAAAAUUUUUAUUAUUUGAAAUUAAAAAAAAAUGCAUAUUAUUAUCCAUAUAGGAAGAAAUGGUUAGAAAUAAAUCCUAAGCUAACUUGCCCUAGUCAUCAAUAAAUAAAUCAAAUCUCAGAAGAAAAGAUGAACUCUAGGCUAAAAAAACUGUAAAGCUUUAAUAAAAACAGAAAGAAUGAUAAAUUAUAAUAACGCUUGUAUUUAAAAUAGAAUCUUUUUCCUGUAGAAUUUUUAUUAUAAAAUUUAUCUGAUAAAUUUGAUUGA